AUGUUUUCUACCUUCUCGGCCAAUCUAGAGGCCACAGAUGCAUCCCGCGAUGGCUCUGCGACUCCCGUGACGGCCCCGCGACCGAAACGAAGUCAGGUCGCCAGAGCCUGCGAUUGGUGUCGUUUGAAUCGUAUCAAGUGCGAUGACAAGCAGCCGUGUCAGAACUGUCAGAAUCGAGGUGGCCACUGUAGUAACACCAAGCCGUUGGAGGCAACAUCACUGCCUGCCGCGAACCGAGAGAUCCAACGUCUGCGGAACAAAGUCAAAGAUCUGCAAGAGCAGAUCAGGACAGCCAAACAGGAAGCCGAGAUCCGCGCUCAUGCCCAGGCUCAGAUCCAAGCAUCAACCGGAUACGCCACUCCGCCCUUGUCAGAUACCGUCAAUGGCUCAUUCAGCAAUUCCGAACAGCUCUCAAAUACCAAGGAGGGAUGGCAGGGGAUACCACCAGCGGGGAAUCGUGCGGGGGUUUUGUACUACGGCCCCAUGUCAUCCACCUAUUUUGUCACUCGGAUCACCACUUAUCUCGCCCAGGCGAUGAACCAGCCGUUGGUGGAUACAAAGCUCGAGGCCUGCGUGGCGCGAUUUGAUGCAAGGACCCCGGCACACCGUCCGUCCCGGUCGGAUGCCAGUCCGGAGAGCCAGACCGAGGGUACAGAUGAUACGGAGGACCUGUCUCGUUCUCAGGAAGAAUAUUUUCUCAAUCUGCUCUGGCAGUCCUUUCACUGUGUCUACCCCAUCAUCUCUGAACCGGAUUUCCGCCGCUACUAUGAAUCAUUGUGGUCCAAUACAUCACCUGAGGGAACCCGCAAACCCUCGCCGUUAGUCGAUGUUCUCCUGGCAGUGUGCAUGCAGUACGGUAGCACCUUUCUUGUCCGUGGCGACGAGAACCACGAAGCCGAGGACUCGUCGCAUUCGGAGAAUGCCAACAUGCCGGGUCAUGCCUUCUAUCAGCGAGCGCAGAGACUCCUGCAGAGCGAGCUGGAGCACCCAUCAAUCAUGGUGCUGCAAAGCCAUGUCUAUUCCAUCAUCUACUUGUACAAUAUCUCGCUUUUGAAUACCGCCCAUAUCAACUUGGGCGUCACCUUGCGGAUUGCCCAUACGCUGCGACUGCACCUCCGGCCUUUGGAUGGCACACCACCCGAGGUGCAGGAGUUGCAUCGUAACAUCUGGUGGACUCUGUACCGCCUGGACAAUCAGCUAUCGAUGACAUUGGGCCGCCCGUCGUUGAUCCAAAACUCUCAAGUCAGCUGCGGUCUGCCUGGCGAUAGUCGGGACCAUAUCCGCCUCUCUGGCACCGUGCUCCUCUCCGGCCAUGAGGACAUCAGCUGGCUGAGUUUCCACGUCCAGUGCAUCAAACUCAUCUUUGCCGUCCAGGGCGUUCAAGCCGCCUUCCAGCUCAAAUGCUCGCAGCUGCUGAACGGCGAUGAGGCCAAGGAUAUCUAUGGCGACCCCCGCAUGACCGAGACCCUGGCCGAGUUCCUCGGGCGUGAGAUGACAGCAGUCCACGAAUGGGUCCAGAAUGUCCCCCAGUCGCUCCGCAACGCCCGCAAAGGAGCGGGAGAGGCCUUUUCGACCGACCGGGCCGCCUUGAACCUGGAUCUCUACAGCCCUCUCUGGCUUCAGCGCCAACGGCUUCUCUUGGAACUGCUCUACCAUCACCUUCUGAUCUCCACAUUCCGUCCCUUCAUCCGAUUUCCUCCCACAUCCUCCUCCCUGACCCCGCUCGCCGACGGCCAUAACAUCUCCUGUCUCAAUCAUGCGAUGGCGAUCACUAAUAUCCUUCACCAAGUCCUCUCCGAGACGGACGUUCUGCGUGGAUGGUCGCCGGCCUUCCAGUACCAGUGGGAUGCCAUCCUGUGUACGCUGGGCUUCGUACUCGCCAACCCGGUCUGUCCACCGACACCAUCCGCCCGCAAGUCCCUCCAGACCGCCGUGCGCACCCUGGAUCUCGUCGGCGACCACUUCCCCGCGGCCGUGAACGCGGCACAAGUCGUUCGUGAGGUGAACUGCCGUGCGGAUCGGCUCGUCGACACUUUCCGCCAAAGCCUGACCCGGCGACAAGGGCAGCGCACCAGCCCGUUCUCGCCCACCGGCCUGCAGAAAAUGAACCCACCCGCAUCUCAGCUCGCAUUUUCCAGCGCCGCGCAAACCGCUUCCAUCCCGGUCCUUUCCGAUCCGCUUCCGCCCUCGAUGUCGGCGUCUUCACUCGAACUGGUGCGCGCUCGCACAAUCCACCCCGUACCAUCGAUAGAGAUGAUGCCAUCAACCUCUCCCACCGACCUGUCGCCACCCUUGGUUACCACCGCCGAGUCCCACUCUGCGGGUCUUCCUGCCGUGUCGGUGGACGUCAUUGCCGGCAAUGAAGUGCAUUGGAUGCAGGCCAGUGCCAUGAUUCUUGACUCAUGGACGGACUUUACGACGAAUCCCUAA